UGACAUAUAAUUAUAUUGCUUGUAUUCGAAGUGAAAGUGCAAACAGCGAAAUUUCGAAUGCAGCGUACAGUGCGCGCUGUUGUUGCAAAACACGUGCAAAUUAUCAAUUAUAAUUACAAUUUUUGCGAAAUAGUGCGUCCCAAACGACAACCGCAUCUGGACACUUGGACAGUAAGGGCGUUAUAUACAGUGGCCACGGCUAUAGCCUUUUAUUGUUAAAGGAGUGACCAUGUAUAUGUACAUGUAUAUAAGUUAUAGAUACAGAUAUAGUACCGUCGGCUGAUGAUGUGUUUAAAAACGUGCCGGUUAAUGUAGUGCACACACAGCUAUUGAAUUGUCCCCUUCCGCCUUCGUCCUGUUCGAAGAGGUAAUCGCCGUUGUCGUCGUCGACAACAGUUUGGUGAUCAUCAGCGCAAACGUUAUUAACUCAUCUGUUUAAGUAUACCUGUACAGUAACAAGUGUGUCUGUGUGUGUAUUUUGUUGUACAUCGCGACCUUGAACUCAUCGUACCUGCCUUAUAGCAGGGGUUGAGUCUCAAAAAUAUCCGAAAAAGUUAACAAAUAAAUAAGGUUAAGAAGUGAAGGAGUGAGAAAGACAGAGUGGAAGAGUAUACAGAUGAGGAGAGGACUCGAAAGAUUUAUCAGUUUAUCGUCCACUUGUGAAGCCUCUCUGUGUUGCGGAUAACGUCGAGCCUAACCUCAUCCAAACUUUCCGAAGAAAUUGAUGAGUUUCGCCUCCUCGCAGGCGUAGUUUCUCCUUGACUGCGACUCGCGAAUCCGGCCAGGGCUGAAAGAACUUUUUUUUUUUACCUUCCUUCACAAACCCACCUUCGGUGCUGUUUCUGCAAUACCUAAGCUAUUCGUGGCAUAUCGUUGAGGAGAUACGUAUGGGAGGCAAUGGAUUCGUAGAGCAUGCACUGAUGCUGACACUCAGUUUUGUCAGUUUCGUCAAUGAGUUAUGCUUCCAAGCUUCAGGUGAGCGACUGUGCGCCCCAGACGUCGCGGGUGAGCUCGAACUUGCACAGCAGCAGUAGUAUGGCGGUGAGCCGGGUGCCAAGCCCCCCGCCGCCGGAAGUCAACACUCCCGUUGCCGAAAAUUGGUGUUACACGCAGGUGAAGGUGGUCAAAUUCAGCUACAUGUGGACGAUAAACAACUUCAGCUUUUGCCGGGAGGAGAUGGGCGAAGUGUUAAAGUCGUCGACGUUUUCCGCAGGGGCCAACGACAAGUUGAAAUGGUGCUUACGAGUGAAUCCAAAAGGCUUGGACGAGGAGAGCAAAGACUACCUGUCUCUUUACUUGCUUCUCGUGUCCUGCAACAAAUCAGAAGUGAGGGCCAAAUUCAAAUUUUCUAUUCUUAACGCCAAAAGAGAAGAAACCAAAGCGAUGGAAAGCCAACGAGCGUACAGGUUCGUUCAGGGGAAAGACUGGGGUUUCAAAAAGUUCAUAAGGAGAGACUUUCUUCUGGACGAAGCCAACGGUCUUCUGCCAGACGACAAACUCACGAUAUUCUGUGAGGUGAGUGUGGUCGCCGACAGUGUCAAUAUAUCCGGCCAGAGUAACACAGUGCAGUUCAAGGUGCCCGAGUGCCGAUUACCUGACGAUCUUGGGCUACUCUUUGAAAAUCAAAAAUUCAGCGACGUCACGCUCACCGUCUGCGGAAAGGAAUUCCAGGCGCACAAGGCAAUACUGGCCGCGCGGAGUCCAGUCUUCUCGGCCAUGUUUGAACACGAAAUGGAGGAAAGGAAGCAGAACCGCGUCGACAUCACUGACGUGGAACAGGACGUGUUUAGGGAAAUGUUGCGAUUCAUUUACACGGGCAAGGCGGCGAACCUCGAAAAAAUGGCCGACGACUUACUAGCAGCCGCGGACAAGUACGCGCUAGAAAGGCUGAAGGUCAUGUGCGAGGAAGCGCUAUGCACCAGUUUGGCCAUCGAUAACGCGGCCGAUAUCCUCAUACUCGCUGAUCUCCACAGCGCGGAUCAGCUCAAGGCGCAAGCUAUUGAUUUCAUAAACACGCAUGCGACGGACGUGAUGGAAACGUCGGGAUUCAAGUCGAUGGUCACGUCGCAUCCAAACUUGAUCGCGGAGGCUUUUCGGGCUCUCGCGACUCAACAAAUACCGCCCAUCGGUCCGCCCCGGAAACGAGUUAAACAGAGCUGAAAGCAGUCACCUCUGACUCCGGGUACAACAACAACAACAUCGCCCCCGCCUAUUUUACAUCCUUCUUAACUUUUGUGUACAGUGAAAGAAAAAAAAACAAAACAAAGGAGUAGUGAUAUAUGAAUUAAUGUUUCCUAGUGCGCCAUCAAGUUGGCCCAAUCAAAAUGAAUAAAAUGAAAAUAAAGAGGUGGAAAUACAUGUUUAUCGAGAAAGGGACACUUUAAAGUCAGUUGUAGAGAAAGAGUGAGAGAUGAAAAAAAAUUACAGUAACAAAGCUAUGAAGUGUGUGGAGAAAAAGAGCGAUUAUAGCGUGGCGACAGUCCGAGGCACAGUUUUGUCAGACAAUGUUACGUUUUGGUGUUACGUUUUGUUGGUCUGAUGAGGACGUGUUGUGGUCAGUAUGCGUCAUGGUGUUAGUCAGUGGCGAUGGUUAUCACUACAAAAAAACGCCCUUUUCUCGUCAAUCAUCAAAUCGUCCAUCUUUUCUCUCAAAACUUGAAGAAACUUUAAGUUUCGAGUUCCUCUCCUUCGGCAGCAUCUAGCAAAACAAGUGCAUCUUCGUAAAAAAGUUUUUGACAAAACGUAAAGUCCAUCCACUUGCUCGUUGACCAGGUGACUUUUACAUUUAGCUCGAAACAGACGCCCUUUAAUGCCGAGAAAAAAAGAGAGAUAUCGGGCAUUAAUUCCGCCUUUUGCUUCCAUGAAUAAGAGAUGAUUUGUAGCGCUGAUAUGUAUCGAGAGCAGCCAACAGAGGACCAAGAGAUCGAUGCUCGCUACGUUGCCACGAAAUGAAGAUAAUAAUAACAAUAAUUAUAUUAAUGAAAAAAUAAAAAAUGAAAAAACAAAACAGCACAGACGUGAUGUGAUAGGCGUCGGUCAGCCGAUUAACAAAUUUUGUUCCUUUGUCAGCGGAUCAAACAAACAGCCUCCCGGCUUGGCAAACAAUUUUCGUGCCCAGCCUGUUUAGUCUUGGCACUGGACCCUCGAAGUGGUUUUACAUAGCCGGGAGACUCCUAGACACUUUGUUUAUUGUACCGGAUAGUAAUUUUUAAUUGUAAAUCAUCAAACUCUUCCAGAACAGAGUAAAUGAUUCUAGUUAGCGUUUUAUAUGAUCUCUUUCUCUCAAUAUGUACGUACGGUUAUUUUUACUAUUAAUUAAUGCUAUGCGCAACCUGUGCCCUGUAUUUUUGUAUAUUAUUUGCCUGCAGAGAUUAUGUCUGUUGACACUAUUCUCUCUUUCUCUCUCCUUUUGAUUUUAUAAUUCAAGUGUAAGAAAGUGGUCAUCAAAACUAAUUAGAUGCUUCUUUUGUUUAAUAUUCUUGCGAGCUAAUGCAACCGAGUUUUUUUUCUUUGGAAAAAAUUAUAGGGUUGUCCAUAAUUAAUUAAAAAUAUUUUCUUGGACUUUUCAUUGCGAAAUUUACGUAUAUUUUAGUAACUCUGUUGAGUUUAUCGGCAUAUUUACCGCAUUGGAGUAAAAAGAAAAAAAAAAAAAUACUAAAAAUU